AUGAGAAAUAAUAUUGAUAAUGCAUCAAAUAUUAAAAAAGAAAAUUUAUGGAAUAAUAUAUUGACAGAAGCAGGAUAAAAAAGCAGAUUUUAAAAUAAAAAUGUAAUAGUUUUGGGUACAAAAAAUGCAGGAAAAAGAACUUUAUUAGAUUCGAUUCACGAUAUUUCUUCCUCAACAUUUCCUAAAACAAGAAACAAUGAUAUACAAAGCGGUAAAUUAAGAAUCUCUGCAUCAGCAGCUGCAAUGGAAUAUAUAUAUUUAAAUGUUAAAAAUAUAGAUGAUUUAGAUGAUGAAACUAUGGCUAAAUUAAAUUUUUAUGUAAUUGAUAAUUAUGAUAAAAUAGAUUUAAUAUAAUUAGUUUUAAACUAAAAUCAAUUAAAAGAUACUUCAAUUGUUAUUAUAACGGAUUUAUCUUAACCAUGGAAUAUAAUGGAAGAAUUAGAUUUAUGGAUUAAUUCAAUUAAUAAAUUAUUAUAAUCAUUAAAUAUUAGUUUAGAUACACUUGAUUAAAUGAAAGAUAAAGUAGAAAAAUAAGUAAGAAAUUAUAAAGAACCUGUUUUUGAUAAAAAUGGUAAACUAGUAGUUGACGAAGGAUAAAAAGCUUCUAAUUACUAAGAUAAGCAAAACAUAAAAGAUAAACUUCCUUUACCUGAAGGUGUUUUGAAAAUAAAUAUAGGAAUACCUAUUACUGUUGUUUGUAGUAAAUCUGAUUCUUUCCAAGAAACAAAUAUAGAAUUAUCUGAUUUUAUUUAAUAUUCAUUAAGAAAUUUUUGCAUUACUUACGGGGCUUCAUUAAUAUAUACUUCUUGUAAAACAAAAGAUAAUUUAGAUAUUUUUUAUGAAUAUAUUCUACAUAUUUUAUAUGGUUUUAAGCUUAAGUAUAAAGCUGAAAUAGUAAACUAAGAAUGUAUUUUUAUUCCUAUAGGAUUUGAUAAUUAUGAAAUAUUAAAAUAAAGUUAUUCAAAAUUUGUUGAAUAAAAUAAAAAAUAUGAAGAAGUAAUAUUAAAACCAUAAUCAAAAAAUCUCAAAAGAGAAGAAACUACAUGUGAAGAUGACUAAGAAUUUUUGAGGGGACUUUUGGAUAAAAAUAAUGCUGGAACAGAUAAUAGUUUGACAUAAAUUCCUAGUUUGUCAAAACUAUAAACUUAAACAAAUCCAAAUGCUAGUCAAAUUAAUGCAGGAAGCAUUUAACAAUUAAAUUAACAUUUGUAAAAUCCUUAAGUAAAAGCUAAUAAAGUAGAAAACUUUUAUAUAGAAUUAUUAAAGAAGCCUGCAUAGAAUACAAAUAAAACUAGUGUAGAUUAAAAUGUUUUAAGAAAAUAAGUAGAAAAACAAUUACUUGAAAAAAUAGGAAGUAGUAGUAAUAAUAAUAAUAGUAAUUUAAGCAAAAGUAAUUUAAUGGGAGAUUUAAGUUAAGUAAAGGAUAUUAUAAAUAAGAAGAAAUGAGAGUUUACUUAUAUUA